UGGAUGUCCACCACAGCAUUUGUUUUCCCACUAGCAAUGCUACUUGUGCUCAAUUACAGACACUAUGCAACCUGGUUUAUUUUCUUCAAAACAACUCGGUGGAAACUUUUUCUUUUCAUUGCCGAUUUUAGAAUGAUCUUAAGGAAAAAUCAAAACACUCAAAGUUGACAAUAGGCAUUAAAAGGAAUGAAAAGUUAAUCUUAAUGAUGUUAGCAGAGAUUCUUGUUACUAGAAGCCUAUCAACUGAAGGCAUGCAUGGAUCGGUUUUGGUACACAUUAUUUAAUUAAUUUUCUGAUUUUCUUGAAUUAAAGGUUAAAGGAAAUUAAGCUGCAAUACUGAUGAAACACAUUUAAGUGCUUCAGCCUUCAACAUCAGGUGUUCAAGGAAAGGCGUGGUCUCUGGAUAAAGAUGGAAUCCAAGCAUGUGACCAGCCACAUAGAGAGUUUCUCAGGAAAAACCACAGAGAGUCCUCCAAUUGAAAGCAACUGUUCCGCUGCAGCUCCUAUCAGAAGGUACCACAGUGUCAUGGAUGAUGAAGGUGCUGAUGAUGUGUUUGUCCACCCCACCAUUCCUCCUCAAAGGUGCUUGGCUCCUCUUCUCGCGGCAAAGGGAAGCCCAGGUGCAACAGACAGUAAUUCUGUUGUGACCCCUUCAAAUGGAGCAGCUGACGCCACAGAGGCUAAAGCUAAUCCCGCCGGCUUAGACUGGCAUCAUAGUGAGAAGCAGUUAAUGGCAGCACGAAACGAACCAGAUGAAGUGAUAUCAGGCACAGAGCAGUGUUCAAGGCAGCCUGUCGACAGCCGUUUACUGCUCAAUGACAAGGGCUCUGCUGAACCGGCUUAUCAAUGCCAAACAUCCACAGACAUCCAGGAUUCUCUGAUGGAAGCAUGCCAUGGUGAACGUGGAAAACAGUAUCAGAAUAGGACAUCAGAACACGAGGGCUCAAAUGGAGAGCCUGAAGAUAUUGUUGUAUUAAAUAAGGAAGAUAGACACUGUGGGGAGACUGGCACAGAGGAAGACAAAUUUCCACGAUUACCUCCGGAUGAUAAGGAAACCUCGGAAAAUGGUACCUGGCGAGACAAAGAAAGUGACAUAUCGAAAGAUAAGGACAGUUGCUGCCUGGAUGAGAGACACUUUGAAAUGCCGAGAGAUAACUUAGAUAGUGAAAGUGUUGAGACAAAUGCCCCGAGCCUGCCUGGUCUCAGGGCCAACGACGAUGAUUUUGAAUCCUCUGAGCCUGCAGAGCUCUACAAAUGCAAGCAAGACGUGAUGGGGGAGGUGGCCAAUAAGCCACUGGUGUCUGCUUUCCCAGCCAACGUGACCAAUGACAGUGAAGGGCAGGGAAACAGCAGGUCUUCGGACUACAACCUCAGGAGAGAAAGUGACACUGCAGAAAUGCAAGUCAAUCAACAGCCCAUUGACAGAUGUUCUGAGGAAAUGGUGGAGCAGGUGGACGGAACCCCGAGGAUAGCUACUGUUAUCCAGCAAGGAGAGCAACUGCUUCAGCGUCUGCAAAUAGUACAGCUGCGACAUGAUGAGGUCCAAACUCCUCCCCAGGACACUGUCAAAGGGGUGACAGGUGGGGAGGAGUUUGGGACUAGUGCGGAAACUGAAGGUGAGCGAGUGACAGGAAUGAGUAUGGCUGGGGAAGAAGAGGAGGAAGAACGUAGAUUUCUCACUGACGAGGAUGAUGAAGUAAAGACGACCUUGAUGCAGAAUGAUGAGGAUGUGAGCAAACAACUUCACACAAAAGCAGGGGCAAGUUUGUCCCCAACGCAGACGAGUGAUUCGGAGGAUGAUCAGAGUAACAGCUUGGUGCCAUCGGAUUUGUCCCUUGAGACAAAUGAGGUGACCAGCACCGAAAGGCAACUCACGUCCACUGAGCACAGAUUUUCAGUAGGUGAUUCUUCUAUGGAAAGGCACAUCCACGAGGUAGUCGCGGGGAAGCAGAACUUGCAGAGAGCUGGAGGUGUUUUCAACCUGGCUGAUGAUCCAGACGUGCUAGAGAUCCCCUUCAAGACUAACCUCUCUCUUGAAUCGGCUCUUACCAAGGCUUGCACCAGCCAGCCCAACCACUGGCAAUUUUCUGAAAAGCAGAUGCAGAAAGACAUAAGCCAUGACACUCAGAGAGAACUGGCAAUGGUCAAUCAGGGUAAGAUCCCAGGGGGGUACAGCAAAGGAGAGACACGUCAGUUAAAGGAGACGAAAUUGCUGUUUGAGGCUUUCCAGCACGGCAACACGGACGGUCCAACAAGGCUACGGAAAGCCCCCGCAACAUUAAUCAAAGCGCCGGUUUACCCCUCUGUACUGGAACGCACCCGUAGCCUGGAGAGGUUUUCUCAUAAGAGCUCUCCGGUUAGCAGAACACAAUCUCUCAGGCUGGACAACUCGGGAACCUUGGGCAGAGACAAAAGUCCCGAAAACCUCCGAUCAAGGAGCCCGACCGCAGCUUCUCGAGACAAAACGCGCUUAUCCCCGUACCCCAAACAAGACAAGCACCUGCGGCUGCACAGGAGCAUGGAGUCCAUACAGAAUGAAGUCUCCAAGUCGGCCGCGGAGAUGAGGGGGGAAAGUCAGGAGGCGCGUAGAAGGCCAGAAUCCCCAGUCCUCAAACACAACCCCUUCUUUAAGCUGCGUCCAGCACUGGCUCUGCAGCCAGAAGUCGCGAAGGACAUCCGGGAGGCCAAAGAAAGAGAAGAGGAACUGCGCAGACAGCGGUCCACUCUCUAUGGGGAGUAUAGACGGAGCAGUGAAGACGAAGAAAGCUCCCAGAGUACAAAGGCCCUCGUGUCAGAUUCCAGGCAACAGUCACGGGGGAAACUGGAAAGGGUUUGGCCACCACCCUCCAAAAAAGACCAAAAGAAAUGUGAUCAGUCACAGCAGGAUGCAAAAGUUCACAAAGCAGGAGGUCAGAAGGCUCCUCUGUGGCAGCGCUGGGAGUCUGGCCUGAUCAACGGGCAGGCACCAAACGAAAAGAAGUGAUGCCGGCCAGAGUAUUGCUUCAAGACGACAAAAUUCCAAAUGACAGUACAAGAAGAUGAAUCGUUGUAACCGAUAUUCUCGUUUCUUUCAGCCUAAAAACUAUUUGGCUCUUUGCAUCCUUGUCAAAUAGGCUGAUUUGUCUUACUUUUGUAAAUAUUAAUACAUAGUUUUAUUGAGCAAGUUAAUAAUGAGAAAUGAAUCAUUGUCACAACAACGAUUGUCUUUAUGUUUAAUGAGAUUCAUUGUUGUUGUCCUUGAACUGAAAAAAUUAUUUAAGAAAAAUAA